CAAAGCUGGGUCGAGCCGUCUCCAAACUGGUUAGAAGCCAUCAAAGAGUGGAAAUGGUUAUGGGAAGCUCACAUUUAUGGGUUUGGAAUCGUUUUCGCCCUGAUCGCAUUCUUUGCUAUCAUCUACCUUGUUGUUUGCUACAAAUUCAUCUUUACAAAGCACAGAAUGCAUAUAGCAGUAAUGAACCUUGCUCUAAUCGCGGCGGGAUCUCUUCGGUCCGUCAUCUUAUUUUGGGAUCCCUAUGCUUCAAGUGUAAACACUUCAAACGGCCAGCUUCUUGCGUGUAUCAUUUCAUGGGGAAUAUCGAGUGCGUGCAUAACUUCAAGUUUCAGUAUAGUGCUCCUAAUUUUCUUAGAAACAACAAAGACAUCAAUUGGCCCCGCUCGCCUUAAAAAUUUGCCUUUUCUGAUAUCAGUAACUCUAGUAAAUAUACUCUUCUUGCUAGUGUCGGAUGUAUUGGUAUGGUUCCACCCUGAAACCAAAUGGAUGGUCUUUAUCUGCCAUUUUACAUUCGCCGUCUGGGGAUUAGUUGUCUCUAUUGGCUACUUAGUCGCUGGAUUUCGAAUGUGGCGAAAUUUAAGGUCUUCGUUGGGUGAAACGUUCUACAAUCGAGCUCUCGAUCGAGACCUCUUAAAACUGAAACGUUUGUUCCUUCUUAUGUGCGCGGCGUCCUGCUUUGGAAUGAUCAAGUUUUCAUUGUCGCUCUACACCGCUGUUGGCGAAUAUGGCGUUUUUGCCGACAUUGGAUUCGUGAAAAGUUGGCCUUGGUUCGUGGUUCAGUCUUUACUAAGAAUUCUGGAAUCAUUCAUGUGCAUCUUUAUUUUCCUCAUUGCUUUUAAAAGUGGGAAAAAUAAUGCCAGAGCAACUCGUACUUCUCCAGACACUAAUCAGCAGACAGAAAUAGCGAGAGCUCGGCACUCAGUAACACUGAAUACUCAGUGA